AUGGCAAAAGUAUUCGAUGCGGCUGAAGUCGCGAAACACAAUACUCCAGAGAGUUGUUGGGUCAUUCUAUAUGGAAAAGUGUAUGAUGUCACCGAUUUCAUGUCCAGCCACCCCGGCGGUGUGAAAGUCAUUCUCAGACUGGCCGGCACCGAUGCCACCGAAGAAUACGAUCCCAUCCAUCCUCCAGGUACAUUGGAAGACAACCUCAAACCGGAAGCCCUUUUGGGGACUGUCGACCCAGAAACACUCCCCAAACCCACCGCAGACGCACAACAACAAUCAUCAGAAGAAGACCAGGGCCCACCGCCCAUGGAAACCCUCUUCAACCUAGACGAAAUCGAACAAGUAGCCACAAAACAAGUCAGCCGCAAAGCAUGGGGAUACUACUACUCCGCUGGAGAUGACCUGAUCAGCAAAAACUUCAACCGCGAAGUCUACCGCUCCAUCUUUUUACGACCUCGCGUCUUUAUCGAUGUCGGAAAAUGCGAUUUGUCGACGACGAUAGUGGGUCAUAAAGUCGGCUUGCCGAUCUAUGUAUCGCCAGCGGCAAUGGCUCGUUUGGCGCACCCCUCUGGCGAGGCAGGUAUUGCCGCGGCUUGUCGUGGGUUUGGCGCUAUGCAGAUGAUUUCGAAUAAUGCGUCCAUGUCACCUGAGCAGAUUGUUGAGAAUGCUGCUCCGGAUCAGGUUUUCGGAUGGCAGUUAUAUAUCCAGAUAGAACGACACAAAAGCGAGGCAAUGAUUGCUCGGAUCGAGAAGCUCAAGGCUAUCAAGUGUAUCAUUUUGACACUCGAUGCGCCGGUGCCCGGUAAACGAGAGGAUGACAUGCGCACCGACAACACGGCUAAAAAAUUACCUGUGCUGUCCAGCAAAGUGGUCGAAGAAAAAGCAGAGACUCUGCCAGAUGGAACACCAGUGCCCAAAGAUGGAGGUGGUGGUGUGGGCCAGCAAUUGUUCGCUGGAACAGCUUAUGAUCUGACUUGGAAGGAGACUUUGCAAUGGCUUACGAAAGUUACAAAACUACCUAUCAUUUUGAAGGGGUUGCAGACGCAUGAAGAUGCUUAUAUUGCGUCGUUGUAUGCUCCGCAGGUGAGAGGUAUCAUUUUGUCGAAUCACGGUGGACGUGCGCUUGACACUGCGCCGCCGGCUGUGCAUACAUUGCUUGAGAUUCGCAAGUACUGUCCUGAGGUCUUUGAUAAGAUCGAGGUUCUCGUCGAUGGUGGUAUUCGACGAGGCACGGAUGUUGUGAAGGCGUUGUGUCUGGGCGCCAGGGCAGUGGGCAUUGGUCGGCCUGCGUUGUGGGGACUUGGUGCUGGUGGUAUUGAGGGCGUUCACAGAACGCUGGAAAUUCUUGCGGAUGAGACCAAGACAUGCAUGCAGUUACUGGGCGUAGAAAAGGUUUCGGAUCUCGGCCCUGAAUACAUCAACUCAAGAAUUGUAGAGCAGCAAAUUUACGAUGGUCCCUCGGGACUCGCAAAAGCGCUUCGUGCCAGACUAUAG